GCCACUCUCCGCGGGCGGUCCGCAUCUCACUCCGCUGCCCAGCCAUGGUCGAGACGGAUGGUCGGCUGAGUGGCCGCGGCUCUGCGGCUCCCAGGGCCGUCGGGCUCCUCGCUCCUGUCCUGUGUGUCAGCGCCCUGCAGCUUGUCCUCACCAUUGGUUUCAUCUGUUACACCCAAAGCCAGUGGCUGCAGAAGAAUGUCAGUGGAAUCUCUGAAGAGUUCUUGCAGUGCCUGAGACUGAUUUCUGAUUUUAACAGUAGUGGCCCGAAUCUGUCAGAGGCAGAAAUGCAGAAGGUCUCCAAGUCUUGCUCCCAACCGCUGCAAGGACUGAAGCAACUUGUCAAGCAGGUGUUGCACCCUACUGCGGACAGAUCAAGACGCAAAGGGGAAUUAACAAGUCACACAAGAAAGAUUUCACAGAGGAUGGCACCGUAUGCCCACCUUACUAUAAAGAAACCUACAAAAAACUCCCCAGGUAUCAAGGCCAGUUUUCCUGGAUUAAAAGGCAAACUCAUAACAUCCUGGGAAGAGAAGGUGGGAGUUGCGCACCUGAGGGAGAUGGGCUACAGCCAAGGGUCCCUGAGAAUCAACCACCAUGGCUUGUACUAUGUUUACGCCCAGAUUUUGUUUCGGUAUCAUGCUGACCACCCCAUAAGUACCAGGGAGUACCAGCUGAUUCAGUACGUGUACAGGAAGAUAGCCAAGUACCCAAAGCCAACUCUCAUCCUGAGAGGUGCCAGCACUUGGUGCUCAGGUAACCAUAACUUGUAUUCGGUUUAUCAAGGUGGCGUGUUCAACCUGCACAAUGACGACGAAAUCUUUGUGACUGUCUCAAAUGUAUCAUUAGUCGAUAUCGACGAGGCAUCCAGCUACCUGGGAGCAUUCAAACUGGAUUAAGUGAAGUGAUAUUUUGGCAUCUUCAGGCUUUAAUCUUUGAAUGGUGUACAGCCAGCACUGUAAUGUUGGUAUUGUCAGCACUUUCUGAGCUGAAUUAUACCUUGCUUGAAUAUAGAAAUUAAACAGUGGCUUUUGUAUCAUUUAAGAGUAUCUAAUGAGAAUCACUCACCACUCAUUCACAGAAUUCAGUCCUGCGAAUAAUGAAUGAAUAGGUCAG